GCGAGCUCGGGAGCGCGGCUUCCCGGGCCGGCGGCGCGAUGGGCUGCGGGAACUCCACCGCCACCAACGCGGGCGCAGGCCGAGGCCCUACAGGAGCAGCUAAAGAUAUAACUGAAGAAUCAGUAACGGAAGAUGACAAGAGAAGAAACUAUGGAGGAGUGUAUGUUGGUCUGCCAUCUGAAGCUGUCAACAUGGUAUCUAAUCAAACAAAGACUGUACAAAAAAAUUAAAAUAACAUCACAACACAAUAAUAAAGAGCUUGCUCAUCAAUUGGAAGGUAUCCAGCACUGGGGACACUGAAAUGUUGCACAGGAAAUUCUAAACAGUUGUCACCAUGUCCCUCUCCCCUAGUCUUAAGUGCAUAGUUAAAGCUGUGAGUACAGGUUGAAUGUUGUGGUCAGGGAAUGGAUUAGACAGUGUGCUGGUCUGGAGCUUUUCUGCAUCCCACUUGGAGAAGAUGAGCUAAAACGCUCCUGAGGUCUGUUGUUGCCACCUGAGUUUCUGGUUCCAUAGCAUUUUACAUCCUGGUCACACAACACUCCACAGAGUCAUGUGAGACUUUUUUGAUAAUUUUUAUAUGACAGAAAUCCUUAUUCUGUUUAUAACUUAAGAUAAUAGAGCACUAUGAAUGAAUUACCUAAAGUAAUAUAUUUAUCGCUUAUCUUUCACUAUUUCUACUUUGUAUUAAUUUUUAGCUGUUAAAUUGGGAAAUGGAUUCUUAUUACUGUCACUCCCCAGUUUUUACUAUUUGGUUUCCAAAUUCUAUUUAAUCUCCUUGAUUAGAAACAAUGUAUCACAGUGCAAUAUUUAAUGAUAGAUGGUUAAAUCUGCAUGCCAAAUACACAUGUUGACUAAAGCCCUUUUUAGUCAAAAGCUUAUAUUACUCUAAACACUUGUCUAGUGAGAGAGUCUCCCAUUGUACCAUUAAUGUAGUCCUGGCAUCUUACUGUGCUAAUUCUGUGCUAUUUUCUGCGACUUAAGAUCGAAGGUUAGUGAAGAAUCUAGAAAGUUCUUAAUUUGCUAAUGCUAAUGUAUAUUCCUGCUGCAAUGUGAAUUACCCAAUUUAUCAAUGUAUUUCAACAAUUAAA